UCGUGCGUUUAAACAUGCUGGCAAUGUUGCGCUAUCUGGGCGUCAGCGACGUUAGUGUUGCUGGGCAUUUCCUUUGUUGCUCACUGUCAGAAUUUGUAUCGCGUUGAACAAAGAAUACCGCUGCUGCUUCUUUCAGUUACCUUGCGUUUGAAAACAGAAUUGGCAUGGCAACUGCUGGAAAUGAUUGCGCACGUUGUUUCCUUUCUGGUCAAAAAGAAUUUCAUCACUGACACCCUUGAAUAUGUUGACUAGCCAGGGAACUUUGAAUGAUUUUUCACCCAUUUAAUCUUUUCCUGCCCUGAAUUUAUUUUGUCGGGUGACGGAAUUCACGGAUUAUGUUUCAUCAUAUGUAUAGAAAGAAAAGGGGUCUUUUCAUGGACAUGGUUAUUCACCCUUUGAAUAUUGAAUCCGUCUUUUCUUUUGUCAGAGAGAAAUCCGAGAAAGCAACACAACUCCCGAUGAUACAGCUGUAUUAGCCGACAACGCAGAUGGCUAGCUGUGGCGAGGUCAACCACUCUGUGGGCAUGCUCCCCUCUGGGAGGAAGGGGGGUGGCGAGGCGUGUACAGGCUCCUCCCCCACCCUGGCGGUGCCGGAGUGCGCCAUCUGCCUGCAGAGCUGCGUGCACCCGGUGCGUCUGCCCUGCAGCCACAUCUUCUGCUUCCUGUGCGUGAAGGGCGCGUCCUGGCAGAGCAAGCGCUGCGCCCUCUGCCGGCAGGAGAUCCCCGAGGACUUCCUGGAGCGGCCCACGCUGCUGUCGCCCGAGGAGCUGAAGGCGGCGGGGCGGGGCUCCGGCGACCACGCCUGGUACUACGAGGGCCGCAACGGCUGGUGGCAGUACGACGAGCGCACCAGCCGCGAGCUGGAGGACGCCUUCUCCAAGGGCAAGCGGAACACGGAGAUGCUGAUCGCCGGCUUCCUGUACGUGGCCGACCUGGAGAACAUGGUGCAGUACCGGCGCAACGAGCACGGCCGGCGGCGCCGGAUGAAGCGGGACGUGGUGGACAUCCCCAAAAAGGGGGUGGCGGGGCUGCGGCUGGACAUGGAGGCCGCGCCGGCGGGGGCGCAGGCCGCGGCGGGCCGUGAGAGCUCGGCCGAUGGGGCGGACGCCGCGGGGUCGCAGGUCGCUGGCAACCCCGCUCAGACCGCCGCCCCGGUCCGGCCCCCCGUCUCCCUCGGAGGUCAGCCCGCCAGCCCCUCCACGCCAUCGCCUGACACCAGCACCUCCUUGGAGAGCUCCCUUGCCCGGCUACAGAUAAGCCACCCGGCCGGGCGAGACCGGAGCAGGAAUGGGGAGGGCGAGGAGGAGGGUGGCGAGGCCACGCCCUCCAGGGGUUCCUCCGCCCCAAAUACCUCUGUGGACGAGUCAGAGUCUGGGAGCAGCAGCCUGGAAGAGGAGGAGGAGGAGGAGGAGGAAGAUAUUGAGGAGGAAGAUGAGGAGGAAGAGGGUGCGCGGGCGGAGGGGACACAGAACAGGCACAGACUGCUGCUGCAGGAGCGGAUGCGGUUGAGGGAGAGCCAUGUGGACAGAUCGCCCCCUGGUGGCAAAUCCUCCAGUGGCAGCGGCAGCGGCAGCGGCAGCAGCAGUAGUAGUGUGAGGUCAAGACGACCGGAUGGGCAGUGCACAGUGACUGAAGUGUGACCUCUGACCCGGGGUCAAAAUGCACCAUCCAUGGGAUCUCAGCCAACAUUGCACUCAACAAGCUAAACAGCAUUUUCUGCGGCUGCCUUCAUUUGGCUUUGUGAAAGGCCCUUCUGUAAGAUAAAAACAAACAUCCACAGGACGCUACAUCUCAUACAGAUAAUGGAAGAAAGGAACAUGAAUAGAAUGUCCAGCUCCUAUAGAUACAAAAGUGAGCAAACUACCAAACUAUUUUGCCAUGCAAAAUUAGAAUGGGGAGUGAAUAAUGUAAAAAUAAUAGCAAACAUUCUGUUUGCACUCUUUUUUUUCUAUUACUCCUGAUGUGCACUGCCUGUGAUAAAAAUAAACUGAAGAAAGGAACCGGAGGGCUGUUCGAGUCAAAUGAUCUUUUGAAGGAACACUGCAGAAUGUGGUCCUUUGGAAAAAUCUUGGUUGUUACGCCUGAUUUGGUCAGAUGUUUUUUUUUUGACUACUGUUCUCUAUCAGAAAUUGCUCUUUCUGUCAGGAAUUAAUUAUUUUGGGCUAUUCCCCUUUCCCCAGUUGAGCCCCAAAUAAAUAUUAUAAAUUGGUGUGUUUCAUAGGUGAAGCAUGGUCUUUGGGUGUUGGAUUCAUACUUCAUCUUAAUAUGCUAGUCUGUAUCAUAACUUGUGCAUGUGCUGUUGUAAGAGAAGGGUACUAAACACUACUAGGGGAGAGACCUGCAGUUUUGGUUUUAGAUAUUAGUUUGAAAAACCUUUCUUUCUUUAGUUUUAAACUGUUUUGUGUGCUGGCAGACUGGUGACAGUGUCGAGACAGCAGAUGUGGUAAACACAACCAUUCUGCGGAAGCUGGGCGUGUCUCAUGGAUUUUGAAGUUAAUCAUUUUAUGUUUCUCAAGAAACAACAUCCUCAUAUGUCCCCAUUCUAGUCUUUCAAUCUGUAAAAAAAAUCUUUUUUCUGUAUUUUUGCUUUCUUGUAAUAUUUUGUUACAGGAUUUGUAAAUUGAAAAUAAAGUAUGUGUCAACUGAUCA